GAAGUCCCUGCAAGAACCUGCGCAUCUCUCUUCAGUUUCUGCUCGACGCUUUCGAUUCUCGUCAAACGGAUUGAAAAUGCAGCGGAACAUCACCAAGUCCCACAUCUUGAUCGCGGUCGGUUUUAUUACCGUCCUGGUAUUGGCAUAUGGCUACUUCAGAGAAAGCUUUUCAUCUAUCAACUUUUGCAAGCCGUGUGUUUCCUCUGAGAAGGACUUAUUUGAAUUGGAAAAUAAGUCUGAUGAGAUAAAUAACAAGGACAAGGAUGGGCAGUGCGAGAAAGGCAGCACGAAGGUGUACGAAUCAUGGAUAAUGGAAUCAGGACUAAAAUAUGCUCAGCCAAGCACGCUGACUGGACGGACAGAUGUAAAUGCCGUAACAAACUGGAACGCUCCUCUCGUCUGGGAAGGGACCUUUGAUCCUGUGCUUAUUGAUGGCAUCUAUAAGAAAAUGGACCCAAGAAUAGCUGUGGUGGUUUUUGCUGUUGGCAAAUACACUCGUUUUCUACAGAAAUUUAUUGAGACAGGAGAAAAGUAUUUCCUUGUUGGCUUCAGUGUCACUUACUACGUUCACACAGACAGAGAAAAUGAAGUCCCCAAGGUUCCUCUGGGUAAAAACAGGAAGGUUACAGUUGUGUCCGUCCCAAGUGCAAACCGCUGGCAGGAUGUUGUGCUGGGAAGGAUGAAAUGGGCGACCAUCACCAUUGAAAAGCAGAUCCGUAAAGAGGCAGAUUAUCUGUUCAUGAUGGACAUAGACAGCGUCUUCCAUAACCGGUUUGGAGCCGAGUCCCUCAGUCGUCUUUCAGCUGUACUUCACCGGGGCUACUACAAGACGACGCCAAGGGACGCAUUUCCUUAUGAGCGUCGACCUCAGUCAAAAGCCUAUAUUCCUGCUGGGGAAGGAGACUACUACUACACUGCAGCGGUGUGGGCUGGAUACCUGGAGGAGAUGUACAAGCUAGUCAAGUACUGUUACGAAAUGUCAGAGGAGGAUGCCAAAAACAAGAUCGAAGCUGUUUGGCAGGAGGAGAGUCAUCUCAACAGGUACCUGUUGACCAACAAACCGGCCAAGGUGCUGUCUCCAGAAUACCUGUGGUCUGACUAUGAUAAAGUAUCGCCUGACAUUAAAGUCGUAAGGAUUUCCCAGUUGGUUAAGAACUACGCAGAAGUUCGUCCAAAUGGUGGAAACUGAUGCUCAAACCUCAGGAGCUGGACUCAGGUUCUGCUCAUUUUGCGUCUUUGUAGUUUUGGGUUUAGGUGACAAAAUAUACCCGUCUGUCAGGGGAUGCUCAUUACUGCACACGAGUCAAUUCUUACCAACCCGCUUUGAUUACCGACAACUUAAAUUAUUUUUUUAAAAUCUACUCAUAGCCUAUUGUAAAAAAAAAAAAAAAAAAAGUA